AUGGAUAGCAGCGUGCAGCGGCUGUUGCAGGACAAGCUGUAUGACAAGCGGAAGGCCGGUGCAUUAGAAGCUCUCAAGAGAAGAUGGUCGAAAGAGAGCCAUCCAUAUCGAAACACUGUCUUCCCCUUCCUAGACGACUUCGAGGGCCACAUUGAGCAUUAUGACAGGCAAUGGCUGAUGCAGUACUCCUCCAGGCUCGAAUCCACCAUACGGCAAGCACUUACCGAUGGCAACCACGAUCGGAUCGGAAAGAUAGUAUGGCAGCUAUGUCAUGACUAUGCGUAUGCCGUUCACCAACCACAUGCCCGCAAUGGGGGUCUGAUUGGCCUGGCGGCAGCUGCGAUAGCAUUAGGAGCAGAAGUAGCUCGCUACCUCAAGGAGAUAGUCCCUCCUGUACUGGCCUGCUUCUCCGACCAAGAUGCGCGUGUUCGGUACUAUGCGUGCGAGAGCAUGUACAACAUUGCCAAAGUCGCCAAAGGAGAGAUUCUGAUCUACUUCAACGAUGUGUUCGAUGCGCUGUCGAAGCUCGCCGCGGACACUGAACUUUCAGUUAAGAACGGCGCCGAGCUGCUCGAUCGCUUGGUCAAGGACAUUGUGAGCGAAUCCGCAGCAACAUAUGCCUCAGUACUGGCGCCCGAGGCAGCAGUGGCAGAGUCAGGCGAGAACACUCCAGAUCAGAGUGUAGAGAUACCCACUGCCUUCAGCCUACCAAGGUUCAUACCAUUACUACAGGAACGCAUCAACGUACAGAACCCGUUUGCGAGAACCUUCCUAGUCUCGUGGAUCACACUUCUUGACCAGAUCCCAGAUCUUGAACUGGUUGCGUAUCUACCAAGCUUUCUAGGCGGAUUACUGCGAUUCCUAAGCGACUCCAACGAAGACGUACAUACGACGACCAAGACUGCGCUCGAUCGAUUCCUCGUUGAGAUCAAGAAGAUCGCCGCCGUCAAGAAGGGCAUCGCAGAAAGCAAGAAGAGCAGGGAUGACACAGCGAGGAAGGUCAGCGACUCAAGUAUCGUGGUAGAAAGCGAGAGAGGCGAUGAUGUUGAGGCAGAUGCAGAUCUGUCUGGCAGCCGCGAGAACCGCGAAAAUGGCAUGAUGGACUCGCCGGCGCCUACGCCAGAGCCGAAGCUUACGACCAUGGAAGAGGAUCAAAAGGUGCCAGAUGGUGCUUCAUCAGUCACCGCAGCAGAAGACGAUGAUGACGUUGUUGCGGGAGAUACGAUGGUAGACGAGUGGAUACCAGGACAGGAUGUUCAGAUCGACUUUCAACGCAUCCUUGAGCUGUUGGUGAAUUACCUGGCCGACUCCCGGGAAGAAGAGAUACAAACAACGUGUCUUAGAUGGAUAGAGACGUUUAUGGAUAUUUGUCCUGAGGACAUACUGUCCUUUACACCAAAACUUCUCGAGCAGCUCUUGCCGGCACUUUCGCAUGACAGAGAACAUGUCAGCCAAGCUGCUACCAGAGUCAACCAGCAACUGAUCAGAUACAUCAUGUCACUACCUGAAGGUCCACAUGGGUCGCAAGUCGGAAGCGCAGAUCAGGCACAGGUAUCGACGGUGCCGACAGCUCCUGCGAUAUCCGGCGGUGCUGUGCCCACGGCUGCUGCUGGCGCUGGAGGUAAUAACUUGGCUCUUCGACCGGUCAAGGACGCCAACAACACCGACAAGCGCCAAUCGGUUGGUGCUCCAAAGGCCGGCCAGAAACCACCUAGUCCUGAGAACGAGCUCGUGUCAAGAACACCCGAGGUAUCGACUCCUGAACCUCCUGCUGACGAACCGGAGCCCACCGAUACCAGAUGGCUGGACCUUGACUAUGAAGCUGCUGUCAAUGCACUGACAUUGCAGUUCUUGCACGAGCACGAAGCUACCAGGGUGGCAGCUUUGGCCUGGCUGAUCAUGCUACAUCGCAAAGCACCGCGAAAGAUUGCCGCGAUACAAGAUGCCACUUUCCCGGCACUUCUCAAAACGCUCAGUGAUCCUGCAGAAGCAGUGGUCACACGAGAUCUGCUGCUGCUCUCUGAGAUCAGUAAGAGCAGCGACGAUAGCUAUUUCUCGUCGUUCAUGGUCAAUCUGCUAAAGCUCUUUGCCACCGAUCGACGACUACUAGAAAUGCGAGGCAAUCUGAUCAUCCGACAGCUAUGUCUGUCACUGUCAGCAGAACGCAUCUAUCGGACACUCGCCGACUGCCUCGAGAAAGAAGAGGACGACAUCGAGUUUGCUGCAGUCAUGGUGCAAAACCUCAACAAUAAUCUCAUCACCGCACCAGAACUUGCAGACCUUCGAAAGCGACUGCGAAAUCUGGACAGCAGAGAUGGACAGACAUUCUUCACUGUGCUGUUCAAAGCAUGGUCUGUCAACGCUGUGGCCACGUUCAGUCUGUGUCUACUAGCUCAGGCUUAUGAGCAAGCCUACAACCUCUUACAGAUCUUCUGCGACAUCGAGAUGACAGUGAACAUCCUGAUCCAGAUCGACAAGCUAGUACAACUGCUUGAGUCGCCCGUUUUCACAUACUUGAGGAUGCAGCUACUGGAGCCAGAACGACAUCCGAACCUGUACAAGUGCUUGUACGGACUGCUGAUGCUGCUGCCACAGAGCAGUGCGUUCGCAGCACUCAAGAACAGACUCAACAGCGUUUCCGCCAUCGGCUACCUGCACAUCAGACCAAACCAGACAUCCGCAACGACACCUUCGUCAGUGAGCACGUUCGAGCGACAGAACCGUUUGAAGAAUCGCGAAGAUGGCGGCAUCAAGUGGACAGAACUUCUAGAACGAUUCCGUGCGACGCAAGACAAAGUCCGCCAAGGUCAGAAGAGACAACUGAUAAGUCAACAUGGCCUCGAUGCAGAACCCGUGCCAGAGAAAGAGAGCAAGCAGGCUCAAUCUGCUGCUGUGGACAGGGCAGGUCCUGGCAGACCGGACUCUGCCCAGGGUGUUCAUGCCAGGCUUGCUGCCAGCCACAAUCCGCUGGGGCGACAUGAGAGGGGAAAGAGUAGUCUGAGCAACUUGGGCAGAUUCGCUCCAGGGGGCAGAACGGGAAAGGGUAAGAAGUAG